AUGCAGCACUACGGGGUGAACGGCUACUCUCUGCACGCCAUGAAUUCACUCAGUGCCAUGUACAAUUUGCACCAGCAGGCAGCUCAGCAGGCCCAGCAUGCUCCUGACUAUCGGCCUUCCGUGCACGCGCUUACACUGGCCGAGCGCCUGGCCGGCUGUACAUUUCAAGACAUCAUCUUGGAGGCCCGCUAUGGCUCCCAGCACCGCAAACAGCGUCGCAGCCGCACUGCCUUCACAGCUCAGCAGCUCGAGGCUCUAGAGAAGACCUUCCAGAAAACUCACUACCCAGACGUGGUAAUGCGCGAGAGGCUGGCCAUGUGCACCAACCUGCCUGAGGCCCGGGUACAGGUGUGGUUCAAGAACCGCAGGGCCAAGUUCCGGAAGAAACAGCGCAGCCUGCAAAAAGAACAGCUUCAGAAGCAGAAAGAGGCUUGCCAUGUGGAUGGCAAGACCACCGAGGCCCCAACCCCAGAAGCCCAACUGGAGACUGACCAGCCCUCCAGCCUGGCCAGUGGUGACCCUCCUGCUGAGCUUCACCUGAGCCUGUCUGAGCAGUCAGCCAGUGAGUCAGCCCCUGAGGACCAGCCCGAACGGGAGGAGGAUGCCAGGGCAGGAACUGAGGAUCCCAAGACUGAGAAGAGCCCUGGGGCUGAGAGCAAGGGGCUGGGCUGCAAGAGGGGCAGCCCCAAGGCAGAUUCCCCUGGCAGCCUGGCCCUGGCUCCUGCAGCCCCUGGGGGUGGCCUCCUGGGCCCCUCCCACUCCUACUCCUCCUCUCCACUGAGCCUCUUCCGUCUACAGGAGCAAUUCCGUCAGCACAUGGCAGCCACCAACAACCUGGUGCACUACUCAUCCUUCGAAGUGGGGGGCCCUGCCCCCGCAGCUGCUGCCGCCGCCGCUGCUGCUGCUGUGCCCUACUUGGGUGUCAACAUGGCCCCACUGGGCUCGCUGCACUGCCAGUCCUAUUACCAGUCCCUGUCUGCAGCUGCUGCUGCCCACCAGGGAGUGUGGGGAUCCCCACUGCUGCCUGCACCCCCUACUGGCCUGGCACCUGCCUCUGCUGCCCUGAACAGUAAAACCACAAGCAUCGAGAACCUGCGGCUCAGGGCCAAGCAGCACGCGGCCUCCCUGGGACUUGAUACACUGCCUAAUUGACUGCUGGCCUCUGGCCCAGCCAGGGGGCUUGGGUGCCCCCCACUUCUGAAGCCCCACAUUAUCCCCAGAUGACUUGCAAGCUCACUCUACAAGCCCAGGGAUUCUGGGGCUUGGCAUCUUCUCCCUGGCCCCCCCUCCCAGAGCCCUGGGGAACCCCACCUUCACGCCCUCUGCAUGGCCCUGCUUGGAUCCUGUGGAGGCUGCAUGGGCAGGAGGCCAGAGGCUGGACAGUGAGAUAUAUUCUCACUGGCUAGAUUCCCGCCUCGGUGUUGCCUCCUUC